CUCAGAUGCAGAGCCUGGACACUCUUCUCACGUCCCCAGGAAAGGUCUAAAGAGGGACUGUGUGCGGGGGUAGGGAGGAGGCCAGGGACCAAGGCGCAAGGCACAGGGGUGGUGACCCGAGCGGCCGAAACGCGGCCAGGGCUCUCAGCCUUCUUCAUGCUGCUCUUCGUCCUGCCGUGCCUUCUGGGAAUCCUGGCCAACGUCAUUGUGCUGGUGCUGGGCAGGGAAAGGCUGCAGCGGGGGAGGCUGCCUCCCUCUGGCAUGAUCCUCCUGAGCUUGGGCGCCUCCCGCUUCUGCCUGCAGUGGGUUGGAACGGUGAACAGCUUCUACUCCGAGUACGGCAGAGGUCCUGCACGGCAGUUCUUUGGUCUCCAUUGGGACUUCCUGAACUCAGCCACCUUCUGGUUCAGCUCCUGGCACAGUGUCCUCUUCUGCAUGAAGAUCACUAACUUCACCCACCCUACCUUCCUCUGGGUCAAGUGGAGGUUCCCAGGGUCAGUGCCCUGGCUCCUCGUGGCUCCUCUCCUGAUCUCCUUCAUCGUCACUCUGCUCUUCUUUUGGGGAAACCGUGCUGUGUGUGAAGGAUUCUUAAUUAGAAAGUUUCCUGGGAACAUGACCUUCAGACAGUGGAGCAGGACACUGGAAGUUCACUACUUCUUGCCCCUGAAGCUGAUCACCUUGUUAGUUCCUUGCUCUGUUUUUCUGGUCUCAGUUGCACUGUUGAUUAAUUCUCUGAGGAGGCACACCGGGAGGAUGCGGCUCAGCACCCACAGGCCACAGGACCCCAGUGCCCAGGCUCACACCAGAGCUCUGAAGUCGCUCGUCUCCUUCCUCAUUCUUGAUGCUCUGUCCCUCGCAUCCCUGGUCAUCGAUGCUGCAGGUUUCUUCUCAGAGAGUGACUGGUACUGGCCGUACUGGCCGUGGCAGAUUUUAAUCUACCUGUGCAUGUCUGUCCAUCUGUUUUUCCUCAUCUCCAGAAACCUCAGGCUUCGAGGGGUGUGCAGACAGCUGCUGCUGCUGGCCAGGGGCUUCUGGGUGGCCUAGGUGGCACGGUCUCCUUACCCAGACCCCCGGAAGAGACUCAGGGAGGGUGACGGAACCUGUGCCCACUAACACGGAGAUAGCUUCCGAGGCAGGUACCUACUGGAUUCUACUCUGGGCUUCCUCCUUUGGGAAGGAGAGGAGGGGAGUCAACUCUGGGGAUUCUCUGAGCGAGAUUCCUUCCUUGGGACACUGUCAAAUGGGGGCCCACAGGUCCCAGAGAGCCAGUAUUGUCCAGAAGUUCAGAAUAUAAAAUUUUGUCUGUUCUCUAUUUCGUGUCCCCUCUGUUAUGUGGCAGCUUCCAGUUAAAGAGUCCUGAUUAACAGUACAUGUGAUCUCAACAGCCUCCCAGGGGAUGAAGAGAAAAUGUGUCUGUGGCUGAACUGGGAUGUGGAUGGGGAAGAAGUAGGUCUCUUGAGGAUAAUGUGUUGGUUACCAUGGGAGCCCUGGAGGACAGUAGUUGGGGCCGACAGUGGUCUGGGCUGUGAUGUCGCAUAGCCCUCCCUUCUGUGCGGAUUCUUUUUCUUUCAGCACACUUGGAUAAUUUGGUUUUAAUUUUAUGAAGACUGGAAAGUUUCUUCACACAAACCCAUCUCUUUUCUUAUUAUUAUUUCCACUGUUCUGCUUUCAGUUUUCCCCCCUCUAAAGUCUCAGUGGCAGCCAGACUUUUUCCAUGUUUAUUCUUCUUAAGAAUCACACAUUGUGAUUUUCUCUGUCUUCAAAUUGUCUCUGGAACUUUUUUUUCUUAAGCAAAAGU